ACACACACACACAUAUACACACGGUCAAGAUACGUCUUGCAGACACGACGAUCGUGCAUCGGUCGUGUAUCGCGAUCGCGGCACAGUGGAGUAUUCGUUCGUUUCUCGACACAUCGCAAACACACCGUCCAAGAUCGCGGUUUCAGGUUCGCGUGAUUCUCGCGUGUGAUCGAUCGACGAUUCUCCCGCGAGAUCGAGUCUCGAUCGGAUGCUUCGAUCCUCUUUUUAGGGGUUGCUUUCGCGUGCGAGUUUCACGGAAUCCGGUGACACGGUGCUAUCGCGAAGAAAGUGUUCGACCGCGAAGAAUUCGUGAGCAGGAGGUCGUCGAGUCUUGAGAAAAAGUGUGCGCGUCAUUCUUCUCGUACGAGCAAGAGAGGAGGAAGGAAAACGAAGAAGAUUGAUAAGAGAGAGAGAGAGAGAGAGAGAGAGAGAGAGAGAGAAUCCGGCGGAAAUUUCGGCGUGGAUACAACGACGAGUGUUGGGUUCGGUUGGAUCGCGUCGAAGGUGGAGGAGACGUCGCACGAUGAGACGGACGACGAGAGAAUGUCGCGCGGACGCCGCGAGAUUCGUCUCAGUCGUCCGAUUGGCGGCCGACCGGCGGCCAACGUUGACAGCGUCGAAGAGGAUCGCGUUGCAGAGAGGCUGAGGAGGAUCAGGCGGUCCUCGAUGCUGUGCCAUGAUCUGAUGGGGCGAGUCAUGUCACGUGUCGUCGGGACGCUGCUCGCGCGGUCCACGCUGCUGACGAGCGUCGCCGCUGCUCUCGUCGUGCUCUUCUGCUGCUGCAGGUGCACUCGCGCCAGCGAGUUCCCCGAGAGAGAGUGCUGCGACCUGAUAUUCCCGAUCCCGGAGCCAACCGGAAGAUCCACGUCCGCGCCGACGCCAACCGGCAGAAGCGGAUCCGACAUCAAAGUACCGGUCGCAAUACUGAACUGUCUUUACGCGCGUCAAUUGUGCUUCGAGGAUCCAUCCUGCAGCGCCAUUCUCGAGAUUAUACCGAGGGUCUGUGGUCCAGAACUGGGUGAGUGCCAAGUAAACUACUCUUUUAAAUUUCUUCUUAACCGAUGUUAGAGUAACG